AUGUUGGACUCUUUUACACUUCCUAUGGGCCCGACUCCUGCUCUUCCAUCUACCACAUCUCAAGCCGGUCGCAUUUCAAGUCUUACCCCGGCUCGAAAUUCAGCUACAAGUCUCGUGUCGAAGCACUGGCACAACCGCUAUCUUUCCUGGCAGAAUCGAGACGUGUUGCAGAGAAGAGACGCUGUGAAGAAUGAGUCUGAACGAAUCAAGUUGUUUGGCGGCGAACCGGGCGACGACGUGGGGCUCUGCUACAAAAUGAUGGAAGUAUUCGAAGGAAUGAAUUGGAUCGACAACUUUGAUUGA